GCCUCAUGUUUGGGUUGGAAGGUGGUUUCCCAGCGGCUCCGUCCACUGCGCACUGCGCGCAUUAGUCACUGUGCCCUAUGUGGCCACGAGUCCUCCCUUCCAGAAUGCGUUUCGGAAGUUGCGCGCUCCUCCCUGGUUCGAGUUUGGCUCAAAAAAGAAACUCAACCAUGAAGAUAACAUAAGUUCUAAUGGGGAAGUCUCGCUCUCGCUGGCUGUGCUUCCCUUUCCUGAGACUGACGAGCAGCUUUUGGAGGUGCCCUCUCUCCAGAAGGAGUUUGAUCAUCGCGACCCUAUGUGCGGUCUAUCUGGUUUUUGUGGUUUCAUAUGUUGGAUACUCUCAGCAGCACCGGGACAGACGGACUGACAGACACAAGUACCGACACACCCGUGGACUGGAGACCGAUGGUGCCCUUCUGGACUCUGCGGACCUGCAGACCGGUGAGAGCUUUGUGGUCCCGACCCGGUCCAACGUGGUGUACAUCACGCUCAAAUUCAAGCGCCUGAAACCAGCAAAUAUCCGCGGCACUAUCAGGCCAAAGCUCAGGAGAAAGCUGAGGAAGAAUAAAUCAGCCAGUUCAGCUUUUACGCAGGACAAACUUGGCGCUUUGGAGCGAGACGCGGGACAGAUUAAGCGCCACUUUGCACCCAAGACUUCCUGGAAGGAAACCAGGGAAGUCGAUUAUAAAUCUUUAGAUGUGAACCACAGAUCUCACAGAGAUGAAGUGGCAGAGUCUAACAUCAGCUCCAUACGAAUCUACAGCCAGCGCGCACCGCAGUGGUUCAGCGCGCAGGACGUGGGAGCCAUGCGCUUUCUUGCGGAUGCCAAAGUUUUGCGCAUCAGAGAAGUUCCUCGCGGGGAGUCUCCGUCACCUCUCCUGAUGUUUGAGGGUGAGACAAGCGCGACGGCACGGAGCAGCGUGUGCGGGGGGCGGUGUGGAGUCAUCAGCAGCCCCGUGGACACCACGGAGGUCUUUGCUUAUCACUUGGACAGAGUGCUGGGGCUGAACAGGACGUUACCAGCUGUGAGCAGAAAGUUCAGGUUUCUACACGACGGCCGGCCAAGUCCAGUGGUGUUAUGGGACGAGUCUCUGUACCCAGAGGGCCUUGCUGCAGGCCGGGCCACUGUGAGGUUAACAUGGGGGGGCUACCAGAGAUCCCUGAAACAAAGGUGCUGGCAUAAAAACAUCAGCCCGAGGCCCGACUCUCACUGCGGCGCUGUUCAUCACUACGAGUGGAGCAGCCUCGCUCUGUUUGACUUCUUGUUACAGAUUCACAACCGUCUGGACGGGAGCUGCUGCGGGUUCAGGCCCCGGCAGGAGGACGAGUGUGCGGAGCUCGGACGCCACGCUGAGUGCGGGGACCCGGAGCGCCUGCAACUGGCCAACAUCGUCCACAGGGGUCACGACCCCAGACACCUGGUGUUCACCAACAACAAGGGAUUCUUCGACCGCAACGAGGACAACCUGGACUUCAGGCUGCUGGAGGGGAUCACUGAGCUUCCGGAGCAGGCGGUGUCGGUGCUGCGGAGCAGGAGGCUGAGGGAGCGACUCCUCCAGUCUCUGUUCCUGGACGAGACGUACUGGGAGAGCCAGGGCGGCCGACAGGGCAUCGACAAGCUGAUCGACGUCGUCGAGAGGCGGGCGAAGGUCCUCCUCACUUACAUCAACGCACACGGGAUCAGGGUCAUCGCAAUGAACGCGUGACGAGCUUCAAAAACCAAAUGACGAGACAAAGAAAAGGUCAAGCAACAGUUUGGUCCUGAAACAAGACACUGGAGUCUGACACAUUUUAAUCUGGAUAAAAAACUUCAGCUAAAUAUAAACGAGAACAUAAAUGAAUGUGGUCCUAAUCCUCAGGAUCAUGUACAUUCACAAAGAAAUAUUCUAAUCACAGGGUUAAUGAGUAAUUAUACAGUAUUUCUUUAGAAACUUGAUGAAGGACUUCCUAUAAAUCACCCACUAACCUUUGAAAACAACGUUUACUCUUUCUUGUGAUAUCUGCAAAGCUUUUGAUUAAUCUAUGGAAACGUGUCUAAACUCAUGAUCUGCAUGAGAUACUGAGGAAUUCUUUAACUUAUCUAAUGUACGACAUUUACUUUAACUCUUUUCUGAAGGAAGGAAGCUAAUUAGUUUUUCUUCCGUCUGCCGAGUCUUCAUUUCUUUCUCUCCCCGGAGGCCAAACCGCUGUCGUCAUUAUGUAAAGAACACGCUGCCGUUAUAACUUCUCCUCCUCCCGAGGCUUCCAGACACAAUCAUUGUCGCUGUGAGUGACGAGGAAGAACGACGCGAUAACUUAUUGUUUCUGAAUGUGGCGUCAAAUAUUUUACACUGAACGAUGAGUUAUUGAAUCUUUUAUAUAUUUUGUCUUAAAAACGUCAGUGUGAAUGUUUUUCAUGAUGAAACAUGUUUGGGAAGAACUGACUGUAAAUUAUAAACUGAAGGACUUUAAGUACAAGAACUUUUCUUUUCCUCUCGUGUCUUUAUUUCACUACACAAACACUUUGACGC